AUGGAAGGAAACCUUGUUGCGCCGCCGGUGCUGUCGACGCCAGACGCACAUCUAUUCGAAGACCCUACGCCUGUUGCGAAGAGCUCGUUCGGCAAAAGGUUGAGCGACGAUGAUGUGCGACACGUUUACGAGAUUGUCCGGACGGCGGGGGAGAUCCGAGCUGGAGGAUGGAGGCGAGUCGCUCUACAGUUUCCAGACAACAUGCUGAACGAUGCGCCGAGGGUUUUCGAAUUUUUACAGAAGGCGCUGAAAGAUUUGUCCCCAAAGGCUGCGGAAGCAGACGCUGGUGUGGAGGAUGUGGCCAAGGCUGUGCAAGAGCUGGAUAUUGCGAAACAAAAUAUAGCAAAGCAACCAUCCGAAGACCGACUUUUUAUACUGGCAGAUACAUCAUAUGGAGCAUGUUGUGUGGAUGAGAUCGCAGCAGAGCAUGUUGACGCCGACGUAGUGGUCCACUAUGGCCGUUCUUGCCUGUCGCCCACGGCGAGGCUUCCCGUCAUCUACGUCUUUACAACCCAUAAGCUUCCGAUUGAACCCGUGAUAGAAGCAUUCCAGCAAACAUAUACGGAAAAGGAUAACAAGAUUAUACUCAUGGCCGAUAUUAUAUACUCAGACCAUAUACCCACGAUACUCGAACAAGUAACGGCUCUGGGCUACACCGAUGUCUUCGCCCCAUCUAUUAUUCACGACCCAGCAUCGCCUCUCCCAAAUCGAACAGUACCUUCAACUGUCGAAUCUGGGGAAAAUAAGAUGCAAGAUUAUAGUUUAUUCCAUAUAUCAGAGCCACCUCGGAGUCUGCUCCUUACGCUAUCCUCGCGGCUCAAGUCGAUGCAUAUAUACCCGACCGAUACGGCAAAUCCACAAGCUCUAGAAGCUCAAACAUCCCGUCUCUUGAUGAGGCGGUAUGCUACACUCACAUCCUUAAAUACCUGUUCCAUUUUUGGGAUUCUCAUAAACACGCUCUCCGUUAAAAAUUACAUGCCGACUGUCGACGCCAUAAAGGCACGGAUUGCUGCGGCGGGAAAGAAGAGUUAUACGUUUGUAGUAGGCAAAGUCAACGCUGCAAAGGUUGCAAACUUUUCGGAAAUCGGGGGAUGGGUUGUCAUUGGGUGCUGGGAAAGCAGUCUGCUUGAUAGCACAGAGUUCUUCCGACCCAUAAUCACCCCUUUCGAGCUUGGUCUAGCAUUGAUGAGCGAUGAGGAACGGGUAUGGACAGGUGAAUGGAACGGGGAUUUCAGCGACAUUAUUAACAAGCCACUCGUACCCCGGACAGUUAAAAAGGAUGCAGAUGAGCCUGGUGAUGAAGACAAUGAAGGCUCGGAUGAAGAAGAAGACUCAGCUCCACCAGAAUUUGACCUCCGGACUGGCCGUUAUAUAAGUCACAGCAGGCCCAUGCGUCCGUCGAAAACAACCCAGUCAACCUCCAAUGAUGCGACAGGUGAAACCGGGGUACCAGCAUCAAGUGCCCUGAUGAAGCGUGCAAACGGAGACUUGGCUAUGAUCAACGGUAUAGCAAGCCCUGGCGCGGAAUAUCUACGUUCCCAGCGAACAUGGAAGGGGCUUGGUAGUGAUUUUGAGGUUGCCUAUGAUAAUGAUGACGGGCAGCUGGGUGCGCAAGUGGAACAAGGUAGGGGAGGUGUCGCAAGAGGAUAUACCGUGGGUGGUGAGGGCGAUAGACACUGA